AUGGAUCUACUAGAUGCCGACGCGCUAAGGCGGCUGUACCCGGAGGCGUUCUGGGCGCCGUUCCUCGCGGAGGGCAUGCGACCCGACGGCCGGCCCAUCGGGCAAGCUCGCGGCGUCAGCAUUGGUCUAGGCACUGUAACGAAUGCGGAUGCAUCAGCUCUGGUGAAGCUGGGAGACACAGCGAUGGUGGCGGCGAUAAAGGUGGAGGUGAUGGCGCCCUCCGACGACCGACCCACAGCAGGCGCUCUGCUGGUGUCGUGCGACCUACCGCCCAUCUGCUCGGCAGCAGUGCGGCCUGGGCGCCCCCCGGACAUGGCACACACCAUCUCGCACCACCUCACCUCCCUGCUCACCAGUGCCGCGUGUGUGGAUCUAACGCACCUCUGCAUCGUGCCGGGCAAGGCUGCGUGGGCCAUCUGGCUGGACAUCGUGUGCAUUGACGCCGAUGGUGCUCUCUUCGAUGCUGCUCUGCUCGCUGCUCUCGCCGCCCUCUCCUCCUUGACCCUCCCUGCAGUGGAUGUGGUGGCGAAUGGAAAGGUCUUUCUGCACUCACAAGCGGACGCGCAGACGGAUGGGGGGCGCACAGGCAGCGAGGGGGAGGGUGGGGAAGCAGGCGGGGGGGACCGGGGUGAUGGGGACGGGGUAGGUGCGGAUGAAGGGAGGAGGGACGGGGAUGGUAUGGUGGUGGAGCAAACAGUUGAAGGGAGAAGAUUGGAGCUGCAGGCGCUGCCAUUGGCCCAGACGGUGUGCUUAUAUGGGGGGCACCUGCUGGUUGAUCCUACGGCUGAGGAGGAGCGGCUGGGGAGUGGCAGUAACAAUGUGAUUAUAGCGAUGGAUAUGAUGGCGCGGGAGGGGGGGUCAGGGGUUGGGAAGGGUGCGGAGGAGGAGGGGGAGAAGGGAGGGGGAGGGAAGGGGGAGAGGAAAGGAGGGAGUGGGAGGGGAGGGGGGAAAGGGGGAGGGGGGAGUGAAGAGGGGGAGGAGCUGUUACUGGUGUUUAAGGCAGGAGGAUCGACAAGACUAACAGCAGCAGGCAUGCAGGUGGGUUGGGCAGCAAGCAGUGGCAGUACCUGUGUUCUGGGCAAACCCCUUUCGUUCCAAACACCCUGUAAUCAUCGAAACACUCACUCAGGAAUCCACGUGCCCCCACCACCCUCCAUACCCAUCCACACCCUUCAACACCCCUCACUCCCUCCCCUAUCCCUUCGGUCGGUGCGUGUGGUUGGGAAUCACUGCGAGCAGGACUGCAUUGCAGCAGCAGCGGUGAACCUCAGAGAGAGGAGAACUGCUCUGCUGGAUGCAUUGGCCGAGGCAGAAAAGGAGGAGGAAGAGGAGGAUGAGGAGGAGGAAGGGGAGGAGGGGGAAGAGAUGGAGAGUUGA